AUGGCAAGGACAAAUGCUGCAGCAGCUGUUGUACUCAUGCAAGCUUCAGGAGGACGUUCAAAGCGAAUGCCCUGUGUUCAGCAGGAACAUGAAUCUCUUGUAAAGGGAGAGGAAACCCUACACGCCACACUUGGCACUCUGGAAGCGUAUCCAGCCAGAACAGAAGCCACUGCAGGGGGGCCAGAAGAAGAAGAAGAAGAACAAGAACAAGAACAAGAAGAUGACAACGACGGAGACAGCGGGGCCGACAAAGCAAACAGUUUCAACAGGGAGAGUGUGACUGGUGUGGAUAAUCAAACCAUCAUGGUUGGGAGCCAUUCUGCUCUCAGUGAGAUCAACGCAGUGCCACCAGCUCCAGGCAGCAAUAACGUCAAUGAUUCUGAGCACGUAUCAAAGCUGGACGUGAGCCUACAUGGUGCAUCAAUCAAACCUAGGAAUACAGAUGGAGGACUUGGAAAUUCACAGACUUCUCAUCUGCUCAGUGACCAUGUACCAGAAGACAAGCAUCAGGCUUCUGCUCUCGAGGUCUCUGGUUCAAGCAAGGAGAUGACUGAAGCACCUUCCAAGAUAGAAAAUGGGUUCCAUGUCACCUUCUCUGACAGGCAGUCUGAUAAUGAGGGUAGGUCUCUGGAUGAGGAGGAGUGUAAGCCCCCGAGUUUGAAAAGUAGAAGCAGGGGAAACAGUGGUGGAAAAUCCUCCCCAAUCCCAAAGAGAUUGCCUGAUGUCCAAUGCCGUGUGGCCAAUAUGGACGCAAUAGCUACAGGUAAGACAGCUGUGAGCCAUGAUAGAGAGUCAAUCUCGCCCCUUGACACCCCCUUGAGUUCCAAAGAACAUUCUAUGGAUCUGCCUGUUUCCUUAGAACCCAGUGUCCCAGGAAAUGUUCUUCUAAACGGCCACCCUUCUGCACCUGAUGGGUCUGUACAGAUGAAGUACUCUAGGCUAGUGACAGCUGAGUUGGAUACCAAGUAUGAGCUCACUGUUGGCGUGGAAAGCACAGAGAAAUGCACACUUAAGAAGGUCAAAAGCUUACCGACCCUGCCAGUAUCUUCCACGGGGGUAUAUACUCCCGGUCGAGAUCGUCGGAGAGCGUCAAUCUCUCACCUCAUACCAAGAGAUAGACACCUACCGUCACAUGACGCUUUGUCGGAUCUCCCGGCAGCCGUCGAUCAGCAAAGCAUGAUCACAUCAGGGGAUGACCGCAAAGAAAUUGUAUUUCCCACGCUCAACUCAAAGAUCAUUGAUGGGGUGGAGGAAGACAAUCCACCUGAUAUACAUGCAGGUUCAGAGGAAGAACCCACAGGUGAUUAUUAUGGCAGCGGUUUCCCUGGUAUCCCACUCUCUUUGACAGAACAUCCCCGUGUUGGUGACGGGGAAGCAGCCACAUUCGUCCCAUCCUACCCCGUUCCAAUGGCCCCUACACCCUAUGAUUGGAGAAGGAAGGCUUAUACUGGAGUGUUUGAAUAUCCACAAGGGUAUCAUAGUGAUCCGUCCUUGUACUAUCAACAAGGGCAGCCACACCCCAGACCUUAUCCCCCUCCAGGACACUAA